AUGUUUUUCGACUUGAAUGUCCCGUACACUCCAGAUGACUCAGAAGCGCUCAAUACGUUGAACUUUCUUUCUGAACUUGGCUACACUACCGUUGCCCUGUCUCAGACGGUUACAGGCAAGCUUCCUCCGAACCUGGCUCCGCCUCCACCGCCGCCAAAUGCUCCGAAGUCCUUACAACUACUCACGCGUCUCAACCUUACACUUUCCGACACCGCGCAGAAUCAACGACUGAACAGCUUGACACAAGCUUACGACAUUGUGGCUCUGCGUCCAACAAAUGAGAAGACCCUUCUCAAUGCCUGUACCACUCUUGAAUGUGACUUAAUCUCACUCGAUCUUUCAACACGACUACCAUUCCACUUCAAGUUCAAAAUGCUGUCGGCUGCCAUUUCCCGUGGUGUUCGAUUGGAGAUUUGCUACGGUCCUGGAGUAACAGGAAGUGGGCUUGAUGCUCGCCGAAAUUUGAUCGGGAAUGCAAUGUCGCUUAUUAGAGCUACACGCGGUGGUCGGGGGAUCAUUGUGUCAAGCGAGGCCCGUCGCGCCCUGAAUUUGCGGGCACCAUGGGAUGUGAUCAACCUGACGUGUGUCUGGGGCUUGUCGCAAGAGCGCGGAAAAGAGGCAAUCUGUGAAGAAGCCAGGAAAGUUACAGCGUUGGCGAAGCUCAAGCGUACGAGCUGGCGUGGCAUUGUCGACAUUGUCCAUGGCGGAGAGAAAGCGGUAUUGGACAAGGCAAACUCAAAGUCAAAGGCCGAAAAGAUGGCCAAACUCAGUACCGAACAUGACCUUUCCACAGAAACAUUGAAGAGGAAAGCAUCGGCGGGCUCGGAGGCUGCGGUCGAGCCCGAGAAGCCAUUGUCCAAGCGAGAGAUGAAACGUCGAGCGAAAAAAGCUCGACUCGAGCCAGAAGCGGCAGAUGCAAGCUGA